UGGGUCAAUCAAUAUAUGGAGCUUUUCCCAUAUGAGUCAGCUCUCCCUACUAAGGGUAGUGCGCGCGUAGAAAAUCCUUUCAGUGCGCGGAAAAUUCGUGCCGUGACCACCCCAAAGAUGUCGUCCGAUGAUUUAAAGGUCGUGGGUGUUCCAGAAAGUCGUUUCGACGAUGCAAUUAACCAUCUGAAAUGGAAUUUCUUCUCCGACGAACCGUUGAAUCACGCGGUAGGACUAUGCGAAAAAGGGGAGAGCCAGUUCGAGCUGGAAAGACAUUGUCUACUCACUUUAAAGCAGGGAUACUCGAGGAUGCUGGUGGAUCAAAAUGGAAUGAUAGCUGGUAUGGCAUUGAAUGGUAUCCUGAAGAAGGGAGAGCGCGAAGAAGCUGAACGUCGCCUUGCAGAAUUGAACGAUGAAAAAUUCAAAAUAAUAUUCGGACUCCUGUACAAAGUUAACAAGAAAGUAGAUCUUUUUUACAAGUACAAUGUCGACGAGUUAUUCGAGUGUCGAAUCCUCAGUAUCGAUGAGAAUUUCCGUGGAAAAGGUCUGGCGAGCAUUCUGAUGGCAGACAGUAUAGAAAUCGCUAAAACCGCUGGUUUCAAGGUGUUUAAAGUUGAUGCAACGGGAAUGUAUUCGCAGAAGGUAUGCUACAAGCAUGGUCUUGAAGUAGAAGCGACGAUUCUGUACAGGGAUCUCGAUGAAUCGAUCAGACCGGCCCCUCCCCAUCAAGCUUUAAAGUUGUUGGUGAAGGUGUUGGAUUAAAAAUUGAAAGUCUAAUAGAAAACAAAAUGAGAGUUAACAUUAAUCUUGAAAAAUCUUUAAUAACCAGAAAAAGAUUUUACGAAAGAGCAGUAGUGUAAACUAUGUGUAUCGUUGUGUGACAAUAACAGAUCUCUAAUGUAUGUUUGUCUUAAAGAUGCAUUUAUGAAAUAUAUCUAUAAACAGGGCGAACCGUAUGCCUUUCUUAAAAAGUAUUAAUAAUUUGAGGCAUCGGUUACUGCCCUUUGUCGGUGUUCUGAACGGUGUGCCAUUAUUAAGACGGAAAAAAAAAGAUAAUAUUCAGUAAUAAUAUUACGAUAAUAUUUGAGUUGACAAAUACAAGAAUGAAAAGAUCCAUUUAACAUUUCCUUCUUUGGACCACUGUUCUGCAUUCUGCUAAUUCAGAAUAAAACGAAUCGCUCUGGUUUGCAUAGUAAAAGAUAUAUGAAAAGAAAUUCGUGUAUCCGUGUACCGCAAAGAAAUGCGAAUGUAUAUCAACGAUAGUAUCAUAAUAGAAACCCUAUGUCAAGAAUGUGAUAGUUUAACAAUUGUUAACUCUCUUUUACAAUUCUACAGUUCGCUGAUGGUAAAUUGAAAGUAUAUUAUACGUACAUAGUACCGAAAUGUUUGAAGUCUUCGAUUGUGCAGUCAUUUUUUUGCAGCUAUCAUGAGAAACUAACAGAACAUGGAAUAUUUCUUGAUCCGUGUCUAAAAAUUUAUCGAAAACGGUAAUUUAGCUAAUGAUUACAGGAAUAACUGGAUGGGUCCACAUGAAUAUAGAAUAAAGUUACGAGAAGUAUUAUUUUUAUUGGUGUUACAUGUUACGAAUAUAUAUUAUAAAUUAUUUUGUAAAACUAUCCGCCAAAUAAACAUUACACUUCAUAAUGA